GGACGCUGCCGCCAUCUCGUGGUGGCGGCCCCGCCGCCCGCUCUCUCGCGGGACCAGCCGCUCUCCUCCCCUUCCUCCGCCGCCCGGAAGCCGUCCCCGCUGCCUCCGCUCCCAGCCGGCUGCGGGCCGCGUGUGCUGGGCGCUGAGGCGGCGCGAUGGAGUACAUGGCGGGGCCGGCGGCCCCCAGCCAGGGCAACAUCCUGUGUUGCCAGUGGGGCGUGCCCAUCCCGCCCAACCCGGCCAACAUGUGCGUGGGCUGCCUGCGAGCGCGCGUGGACAUCACCGAGGGCAUCCCCAAGCAGCUCACCGUCAGCUUCUGCAAGCAGUGUGAAAGGUAUCUUCAGCCUCCGAACUUGAUUCAGUGUUCCUUAGAAUCAAGAGAGCUUCUUGCACUGUGUCUUAAAAAAAUCAAAGGUUCACUUAACAAGGUCCGGCUGAUUGAUGCAGGCUUAUUUGGACUGAACCACAUUCUAACGAGACUGAAGCUGAAACUGACUGUUCAGAAAGAGGUGAUAAUGGAGCGGUUCUUCACAAGUAUUUGUGGUGAUUAUAUGGUUCGCCUCAAAUGUGUGAAGACUGUCAUAGAAUUGAAGCUAAGGAGUUCUGGAAAGCUACUCUGCACAACAAAGACUUUCUUCUAUUUGGAGCAGCUGAUUUUAAAACAAGCUUCAUCAAGAAUACACUUCGCAUCAAAGAAAUCCAUGAAUGAUGGAAAUACCUACUGGCGCCACCCUUUCAAUAGCUUGUUCCACCCGAAACAGCUGGAGGAAUUUAUUGUUAUGGAUAUCAAUAGAGUUCAAGAAAGGAAGAAAGGUGCAGGUGCAGGGGCAAGAUCAAACAAACACACGCUGGCUGAAGCCUGGGUACAGAAAACCUCGGAGUUGAAUACAGAUCAUCAGUAUUUCUGCUCUACGCACUUGGGACACAUUCUAAAUCCUGGAGACCUUGUCUUAGGAUUUGACUUGGCCAACUGUAACUUGAAUGAUGAGUUUGUGAAUAAGAUGAACCCACACAGUAUUCCUGACGUGGUAUUAAUAAAGAAGAGCUAUGACCGUACCAAACGCCAGCAUCGCAGAAACUGGAAACUGAAAGAGCUGGAAAGGGACAGAGAAGGCAUGGAUACAGAUGAUGAAAGACAAUACCAAGACUUCCUUGAAGAUCUUGAAGAAGACGAAGCCAUAAGGAAAAACGUCAACAUUUACAGAAAUGCAGACAUUCCAGUGGAGAGCGACACGGAUGAUGAUGGCGCUCCACGGAUCAGUCUGGCUGAAAUGCUAGAGGAUCUCCAUAUUUCCCAGGAUGCCACUGGUGGGGAGGGAGCGAAUAUGAUGACAGAAUAAGAACAAUGCAUUAAUCAAUGCAAUUAAUACUCCCUUGGAGAGGAGGAAGUACCCCGUACAUAAGCAAACAUUAUGAACUGGGAUCACGUGGAAAUGAAAAGUAACAUGAUCCCUAUCAUGUACCCCUAAAUCAUGUUGCUGAACGAACACUUACGUAUAAAUUCCCUUGAAGAUCAGCAAUUGCAGAUAAGUUCCUGCGCAAGCAUUGCAGCAUCAGCUCCACACGUUCUUUGCACCUCUUGAGCACUUUCUCCUGCAGCUUCUGCAGGUAAAGACCACUUGAUUAACUGCAGGUUUAUCCAUCAGUUGUCUAAGUGGAAGACGAUUAUUAAGGAAGAAUGUCCAGAGGGAGAGAUUUUAUUCUAGUUUGCUAGACUUUUAUCCGCUGUAAAUGGCUUCCUUUUCUUCACCUGAAAAGGAUUUUUUCGUGUCUUAAUCUUUUUGGUACAAUGGUUUGAAGCCUUUUAUGACGAUGCUAGAUUAUUUGAUAUAAUAUUUGGGGAAAGUUCAAGAAUGUAUCUUCGGAUCCUUUGAUAAGGAGGCUCCAAAUAUACAUGUUGUGUACACAAAAACACUUCCUUUUAAAUUGUUUGAAGAUGCAGCCCAUAAUCAGAAAAAAAUGAGUCUUCUGUUAAAUGGUAAUGAAUAUUUUAUUGUACUGUAUUCCAUGCCUGUAUCGGUGGAUUAAAAGCAGUUUUCUUUUUAAUUAGUAACACCCAUUAACAACUAUUAAAAGACUAUACGGA